CUUUGCAGACGCUGUCGCCUCUUAUAGUCGUCUGGUAUCAGCCAUGGUCAAUCCCACCGUGUUCUUCGAUGUUGCCGCCGACGGCGAGCCCUUGGGCCGCGUCUCCUUCGAGGACCUGGAAACCAAGAAGUGACUGCUCAUCUAAUCCAUAAAGCUAUGUUAACAGAUUGGAGCUGUUUGCAGACAAAGUUCCAAAGACAGCAGAAAACUUUCGUGCUCUGAGCACUGGAGAAAAAGGAUUUGGUUAUAAGGGUUCCUGCUUUCACAGGAUUAUUCCAGGGUUUAUGUGCCAGGGUGGUGACUUCACACGCCAUAAUGGCACUGGUGGCAAGUCUAUCUACGGGGAGAAAUUUGAAGAUGAAAACUUUGUCCUGAAGCAUACAGGUCCUGGCAUCUUGUCCAUGGCAAAUGCUGGACCAAACACAAAUGGUUCCCAGUUUUUCAUCUGCACUACCAAGACUGAGUGGUUGGAUGGCAAGCAUGUGGUCUUUGGCAAGGUGAAAGAAGGCAUGAAUGUUGUGGAAGCAAUGGAGCGCUUUGGGUCCAAGAAUGGCAAGACCAGCAAGAAGAUCACCAUUACUGACUGUGGACAGCUGUAAUAAAUUUGACUUAAUGUUUCAACCACCAAACCAUUCCUUCUGUAGCUCAGGAGAGCACCCUUCUACCCCAUUUGCUCGCAAUAUCCUGUACUCUGCUCUCACUGCAGUUCUUUGGGUUGCAUAUUUUCCUUAAUCCUCUCCGUGUCUAGCUGGAUUGCAGAGUUAAGUUUAUGAUUAUGAAAUAAAAACUAAAUAA